ACUUCAUUUUUUUUGGCCUGGUUAAUGUUUACUAUAUAUUGUCUGACAUCAGAGUUCAAAGGUCAGGCUGAUAUGAGAGGCACACGUAAGGAAUAAUGAGGAGCUGAAGAAGUGAGCAAAUCUGUCAGGAAAGUGAAGCGUGGACAGCAUCAUGGUGGGAAUCUCAGAGUUUCAAAAGAUCGGUGUGGGUUUGUCAGGCUUCGGCAUAUUCUUCCUGUUAUUUGGAGUGUUGCUGUACUUUGACUCUGUCUUGCUGGCAUUUGGUAACAUCUUGUUCCUGACUGGUCUGGCCUUCAUCAUUGGCCUGAGAAGAACGGCUCACUUCUUCUUCCAGAGGCAAAAGCUCAGAGCUUCCUCCUUUUUCCUGGGUGGUGUGGCUUUAGUGGUGCUCCGAUGGCCACGCAUAGGCAUGCUCGUGGAGAGUUACGGCUUUGUUCUUCUGUUUAAGUCAUUUUUCCCAAUGGCUUUUGGAUUUCUUGGAACAGUACUGAAUAUGCCGUUCCUCACUACACUAUUUAAUUACUCAGGAAGCAGCUCUUCUAUGGUGUAAGAGUUGUGACGGAGAUACGGCACAGUGCACAUGAGAACACCGGGAUACAAGCGUAGAUCCAAAGACCUGGCGUGUGGAGGCUUUCGUGUAACAAGAAACUAAAAAAAAACAUCCUUGAAGGACACCAUGAACUCACUGCUCAGUCCAGUGAGAAAUGCAUGUGUGUGUAUGUGUGUAUGGAAUUGAUCCUACUUUAAGAAGAAUUUCAUUUGUGUAUUGUUUUGAAUAAAGCAUGUGUUUUUUUAAA